UCUCCCUCUCUCUCUCUUAAUUACGUCCGCCUCCGGCGGGGUACAAAGUACACGUCACCGUCACAGCUGGCACAAGCGUUAAUUGGCGAGCGGGAAUCCGAAGAAGAAAGCAGAGAAACCGAACAGCAGAGCAGCUGAGCGGAGAGUAGCGAAACCUUUUAGUGAUUGACGAACUGCGCUAGAGGCCAGUCGAGUGUCGAGAGUCGAGAGUCGAGAAUYGGACAACGGAAUAAUGGGCUACGAUGAGGUUAUCGUUCAGCUGGGCGACUUUGGCCGCUACCAGAAGAUCAUCUAUGUGCUCAUCUGUCUGACCUCCAUACCGGUGGCAUUUCACAAGCUCGCCGGGGUUUUUCUGCUCGCCAAGCCGGAGUUCCGGUGCGCGCUGCCCACGGAUGUGGAUGGGGCCAGUUACGAGCUGCCGGCGCAGCUGCAGCAGCUCGCUUACCCUGAAAAGGACAGCUGCGCCUACUACGAGGUGGCCUACACCAAUGGCAGCUACCAUCGGCUGAGCAACACCAGCCAGAGCUGCACUCGCUACAUCUACGAUCAGAGCAAAUACCUGAAUAGCGCCGUCACCGAGUUCAACUUGGUGUGCGGACGUGGCUUUCUUGCGGCUAGUAGCGAUUCCAUGUUCAUGCUGGGCGUGCUGCUGGGCAGCAUCAUCUUCGGGCAGCUGAGCGACAAGCACGGUCGGAAGCCCAUCUUCUUUGCCUCGCUGGUCAUCCAGGUAAUCUUUGGCGUGGUGGCAGCCCUAGCGCCCGAAUACUUCACCUAUACGCUGGCCCGCCUCAUUGUGGGUAGCACCACAUCCGGUGUCUUCCUGGUGGCCUACGUCAUCGCCAUGGAAAUGGUGGGUCCCACCAAGCGCCUAUACGCCGGCAUCUUUGUGAUGAUGUUCUUCUCCAUGGGCUACAUGCUGACGGCGGUCUUCGCCUACUUCAUCCACGACUGGCGCUGGCUGCAGAUCGGCCUGACCCUGCCCGGGCUGGUGUUCAUGUGCUACCAUUGGAUCAUACCGGAGUCCGUGCGCUGGCUGCUGUCCAAGGGCCGCAACGAGGAGGCCAUGCAGAUCAUACAAAAGGCGGCACACUUCAAUCGGGUGAACAUCACGAAGGAGACUUUGGUCGCUCUGCUGGACGAGGGCGUCAGCUGCAAGCAGGAGGUGAAGGAGGAGACGGCUAGGCCGCCCUCGGUGUGGGAUCUGCUCCACUAUCCCAAUUUGCGCCGCAAGACGCUCGUCAUCUUCUUCGACUGGCUGGUCUGCACUGGUGUCUACUACGGCCUCUCCUGGAGCACCAACAAUCUGGGCGGCAAUGUCCUGCUCAACUUUUUAAUCUCUGGCGCCGUGGAGAUACCCGCCUACUGCUUCCUGCUGUUGACCCUGAACAGAUGGGGCCGUCGCUCCAUACUCUGCGGCUGCAUGCUGGUCGCCGGCGUCAGCCUGCUGAUGACCAUCAUCGUGCCCCAGCAUAUGCACUGGCUCAUCGUCACGUGCGCCAUGGUGGGCAAGCUGGCCAUCACGGGCUCCUACGGCACCAUCUAUCUCUUCUCCAGCGAGCAAUUCCCCACGGUGGUGCGCACGGUGGGCAUGGGCGCCGCCUCCAUGGUCUCCCGGCUGACUGGCAUGCUGGCGCCCUAUCUGAAUGCCCUGGCCACAAUUUGGCCACCGCUUCCCCUGGUCAUCUAUGGCGCCCUCUCGCUGGCCGCCGGCUUCAUGUCGCUGAUGCUGCCGGAGACGCACAACAAGCCGACGCUGGAGACGAUCGCGGAUGGCGAGCGAUUCGGUAAGAAGGAGCCAACUGAUGCUUACUUGGAAACGGGCAAGGAGCUGCGGGAGACAUUGGAAGCACAACCCCUAAAUGCGGCCAUGCUCAAUGGCAACGGGCACAAGUACUGAGCAAAUCAAGUAGCCGUAGACUUCGGUACAUGCCGAAUAUAAAAUUCCCUUGUAGACAAUAUCCAUACGGAUGUAAGUUUUGAGAAGUACCUAAAGAGAUCUAAGGAUAAAAGUUCAAAAUUUCAUACGAAAAGUCAGUUGCAUGAUGUGCCUAUGUUAGAAAUCUUCUAUAUAGAACCUGAUAUUCUUCCUUGAUAAUAGUUCCAUAUUGAUUAGAUAUAGAUAUUGAUAUUGAUAGAUAUUCUCUAAAAUACCAAGCUUUUUGUCCGAAUUUCCCAUAGACUAAUAAAGUUUGACAGUUAUAUCAUUUAGUUGUCCGAUUUUCUCAUAUUCAACUCCUAUGCUCCAGAAAGACAAAGACUUUGACUCUUUUGCUUGAAAACAGACAAGUAUAAAGCUAUUUAUUAGACAUCUAUAGGUCUUCCACGUUCCAUAACAAUAUUCAUAGCAUCGCCACUACAAGGGUACUAAAUCAUAAGAUCUUUGAGCUCGAAAAAAAGAAUAUUUUAAACUUAGCUGUGGCUUCGGUUAGACUAGACUUCAUUUUGAAUGCACUACGUGAGCUUUUUUUUUUUGAGAUUCCUCAAAAAUUAAUUUAUGCUAAAUUAGCUAAGGCCAAGCUUGUCGUGGGUCGUUAAUCUUCUAGCUGAUGUAUUCACAGCUAUAUUUUCCUAUAAAAGACAAAGUAUUAUUUUUUUGAAAUCUCAUGUGCAUGCCAAAAAAAAAAAAAAAAAAAGAAUAA